GGACUCACCAUCACUGUGAUCUCUCAGCAACACAUGAACCAAUGUCCAGGAGAGAAAGAGACACUUUUAGAUGAGACCCGGUGCGGGAAUGGAUGGAUCUGCCCACUAAACAGUGGCUGUGUCUUGAAAACCAAGUGCCACUGUGAGAAAGGAUAUUACCCAUGUGUAAGAAAAGGUGUCAGAGUUUGUAGAGAUAAAAAUGAAUGUAAAAAGGACCAUGGCUGUGGUGAUCGGGCCACAUGUAAGAAUACAAAGGGGAGUUACUACUGUGAGUGCAACAGACAGUAUCACCCCCAAAACGUAUCUCAGUUCUGUCCGGGAAGAGAACCACAAAACUACUGCAGAGAGAAUAAAGUGAUGCAGAAAUGCAAAUCCAAUAUUUCACAGCUAGAGAAUCUGGGUAAAUGUGCCAGGCCAAGUGCCCAGAAUGAAAUCUGCUCUCUGCUUCAGACCACAUUCGACCUUCUCAAUUCUUCCUGCAUGGCAAAUAAUAGGACCAUCUCUAAUGAGGACGCAGAUAAAGAACUCAUCAAUGCAACAGAAGCACUCACUCAGCACCUUAAUCAUUCUGAAAUUUCAUCCAUCGAUCCUCAGAGAGGCAUAUUUAUCACAUCUUUCCUGGACAAUGUGGAGACAAUUACACUGUUAUCAUUUACUGCUGCACCAAGGAAUCAGAAUAUCAGCACCCCGAACAUUGACAUCUCCAUAAAGGCUUCCUAUAAUGACUGCAGAACUGGUGCUCAGUACACCACCCUGGUCUCAAGCACCAACAUUAUGAAGAUUCCGUGUAGUCUGGUGCCUGGAGAACAAGAUGGAGCUAUUUUUAUUACCUACAAUGGUCUUGAAUUAAGAUUAAAUGGGAAUAUAUCAAAUAACCCUGGAAUUAAUAGUUUUGCUCUGGCCAACUCAAGAGUAGUGACUGCAGCCACCACAAACCCUGGCAGGGAAAAUCUGAGCUCGGCAGUGACCUUCAGGCUUUCCACCCUAAAGGACCUUGAGCCUUUUCACAAGUCGUUCUGUGUCUUUUGGGACCCCAAUAGGAAUGACUGGAAUGAAGAAGGGUGCAUUACUGAAUCUUAUAUCUAUCCACACACCACCUGCACCUGCACGCAUUUCUCCAGCUUUGCAGUGAUCAUGGCACCAUAUGGAAUUGAGGAAGUUUAUGGUCUUGUUAUUCUAUCUCAAGUUGGCCUGAGUGUGUCCCUCGUCUGCCUGUGUCUCUCUCUUCUCACAUUUAUCCUAUGUAGGUCUAUAAGGAGCAUACACAACUCAGUGUUGGCCACUCUGUGUGGCUGUCUCUUUCUGGGGCAACUUCUCAUCCUUAUAGGUCUUCUUCAAACCUUCAAUAAGGUUCUCUGCUCAGUCAUUGCUGGUGGGCUCCACUUCAUAUUUCUCUGUGCGUUUUGCUGGAUGUUUAUUGAGAGCAUCCUGCUCUUCAUGACUGUCCGUAACCUGCAAGCUCUGAAUUAUAUGACUUCUCGACGCUCAAACUUUCCAGUGAUGUGUCUUGUUGGGUUUGGGGUUCCUGCGGUCAUUGUUGGGAUCUCUGCAGCAGUACAGCCACGUGGAUAUGGAACAGAGAAAUAUUGCUGGCUCAGACCCAGUCUCACCUGGAGUUUCCUUGGUCCAGUUUGUGUGUUCAUCACUGUAAACACCAUUCUCUUAGUCGUUACUGUAUUGUUCCUACAAAUGAAGCUUACGUCUAUCAACACAAAUGUGUCCAGUCUGAAGAACAGUCGGAUUCUGGCAUUCAAAGCUCUGGCUCAGGUAUUCAUUCUUGGCUGCACCUGGAGCAUUGGCUUCUUCCAGUUUGGGCCUGCUUCCCUGGUUAUAUCUUAUAUUUUCACCAUAUGCGUCUGCCUUCAGGGUCCCUUCAUCUUCCUUGUGCAUUGUCUGCUCAAUCACCAGGUGACUGCAGAGUACCGCAAACUGUUCCGCAGGCUUCACACACGCAGCAAACAGGCAUCAGAUGCAUCUACCAGUGGCAGCGUGCAAACAGUAAACAUGUAUUCCAUUACUAAGCCCACAGUGAACACAGAGGCGCCUUCCAGUGAGAAGACAGCCUCUUGGGUAUAGCUUACAUGGUGGCAUCAUGAUCAGCCGUUCUUUCUGGGAACCAUUGGCAGUAUUAGAUUCUCAAUCAGCCAUUUCUUACCAAGGAUAGUAAUGACAUCUCAUUGCUCAUCACAAGGUUUCCCACAUGCUCCUAAGAAAUGUUUAUGAACUAUAAAUAUAUAAAUUUUUUGAAUAAUUUUGAACACCGCACAGUUAAUAAAAUAUUGGACAAGUCUCAUUAAAUCUCAUUUCGUUCCAUUGCACAACAUCUGUACACUAUUUGCUUUCAAGGAAUAUUGUAGUAUUUGCCAGUUGUGUAGGGUUCUAAUCUAAUCUUAGCCUUUGAGGCAGGGCCGCCAUCAAGGGGGUACUGUGGGCACAAAUGUCACGGGCUCGGCCAUUUUGACAGAGAGUGGAGGGCCCGGGCCUCUCAUACCGCCCGCCGCUGCCCUGCUGUUAAUGAUGGCGGCCCCCUGUUCUCCCGUCUCCAGCUGGCCGCUACCCAUGCACUAAACUAUUACAGGAGCCUGCACUGUACAAUAAAGUUUUUUUAUAAAGCACUUCAGUCGCCCAGACCGAGAGGGGGCCUGGGUGGCAGCUGUGGGAUAGAGGCCAGGCUGCCAGCUGGUUACAGCUGUCACACGGGGCAAACAGCCAGGUCAGAGCUGGUAAUAUUUUGAAUUAACGCCAGCCAUGAGCCAAUCAGGCUAUGGGGCAGUGUGCGUGUGUUGCCCAUAGCAACCAAUCAGAUUCUGUCUAUCAUUUCUCUAUUGCAUUCUAGAAAAUGAUAGAAUCUGAUUGAUUUCUAUGGGCAACAUCACCACUAGAAUCUGAUUGGUUGCUAUGGGCAACAUCACCACUUUUCAUUUUCAGAACCUUUAGUAUAUUUACCCCUCUGAAGACAGGUUUGGUCAUCUACGUAAAAAUUAAAUCUGGGACAUCCGUUUUCCAAAUUGGCAGAUACAUUUAGCGAACAGAACCUGUAGCGAGCUCAGUGAGCCACCGAGCCCACAGCAUGGCAAGCUUAGCGAGCCCGCAAGGCGCUUCGUUGCACUCGCCCCCCUAUCGGCAUUCUGGCGGUCGGGAACCAGGUGUCAGUAUUCCGACCAUCGGGAUCCCGGCCGCCGGUCAAGCAAUCCCAACCCUAUGAAAGAAUGUAUCUACCUCUUUUUUUGAUUUCUAACCAAUAUGUGUAAUUUUAUUGUAUGAAGCAAACGUUUAGGAUUAUUUUUAUUAUUUUCCCUUUUUUUCCCU